CUCUCCAAUGGACCUCAAAAAUCGCUUCACAACUGUUUUCUUGCUCUUCCUCCUCUUCGCCAUGCCUACUUUCUCCAGAGGUCGGUUGAUAUUGCCUACCGCAAAAGUGAAUUCGGAGAUUUACGAGAUCGAUUACAGGGGACCGGAGACUCACUCUUACAUGCCUCCGCCGAACAAAUCCGGCGGCGUCAACACUAACGGUUGUCCGAUGAAAAAUCACAAGGCGUCGCAUUCUCGUUCCAAAAGGCUAUCAACUGAAAACGCCACAAAAGAGGUGAAGAAGCUUCAUGGAUGAAGAAAUCGAGCAUUGAUAAACCAAAAGUUUGAAAAAUAUGUAUUUGAUUGAUCAUUGAACACAUGGUGAUCAACUUAAAUCAUUUUAAAGCAAUUUGGCUGUUUUUCUUUUAACAUUUUUUUGUGCAGUCUAAAUUAUAUUGUUUGAAUUAUGUUCUUUCCUAUUUUUAGUGUGAUGGUUUGAAGUUUGAAAGGGUGUUUA